AUCCCCAACAUCUGCUCCCCUCUCGUUUCGAGCUCUCAGCAUUCGAGACUCACAUCCAUGGCGAUGCGGAUACCUCCCGCGUAGAUUCAUCGGUGGAAGCUUCCCCGUUCCACCCCGAAGUCGCCACCUUUGGUGCCCCGAUUCGGAGGAAUGCGUCUCCGGAUGUAAAGAUGCGAUCUUGGGCCAGAAUGAGGGGCUCUUCCUGGGGUCCGUCGAUCUAGCGGCGAGGAUGAAGCGAUCCCUCCGUUUGCCCUUCAGCUUUUUGAUCCUCGUCGCUGUGUUUUCUGUCCUCAGCUUCCGGGCGGCGGUGCAGGACAGCAGGCGGCGCGUGCGGCGGCCGGAGGUGGCCCCUCCGGCCAACGCGACUCUUCUUAGGUUGGCGGCCGUGGAGUCCGGGGAGGCGGAGCUGCGGAAGGACGUCGACGACCUCCUCGACGGGACCUUCCCCUCUGGCCACCGUGGCGUGGCCGGGUGGCGGCUCCGGACCCACUUGGACUGGCGGCAGGAGAACCACCUGGAGGUGCUGCGUCGGAAUGAGCCCCGGUUUCCCCACCGGCUCCGGGGCCCCAAGGACUACCGGGCCUUGCCCGAUUUCCGCCGCCCCCUCCGCGACUGGUUCCGGCGCCGCCGGUUCCAUCCCGGGGUCAUGUCGGAGCUGGUCGAGCUCAUCAAACGCCCCAUCGAUCGCCACCACGGCCGCCCCGACACCAAAACAGAGCGGUACGGCUCCUGCGCCGUGGUCGGCAACAGCGGGAUCCUCCUGAACAACGACCACGGCGGCCUGAUCGACGGCCACGACCUGGUGAUCCGCCUCAACAACGCUCGCGUCAGCGGGUACAACCACAAGGUCGGAUCAAAGACCGGCCUUUCCUUCGUCAACAGCAACAUCCUCCACCUCUGCGCUCGAAGGCCGGGCUGCUUCUGUCAUCCGUACGGCGAGACCGUCCCCAUCGUCAUGUACAUCUGCCAACCCGUCCAUUUCCUCGACUACGCCGUGUGCAAUUCGUCCCACAAGGCGCCGCUCCUCAUCACGGACGUGCGGUUCGACAUGCUCUGCGCCCGGAUCGUGAAGUACUACUCUCUGAAGACGUUCGUGGACACGACAGGGAAGCCGCCGGGGGAGUGGACGAAGGUCCACGACGAGAAGAUGUUCCACUACUCGUCGGGGAUGCAGGCGGUGAUGCUGGCCUUGGGGAUCUGCGACCAAGUCAGCGUCUUUGGCUUCGGGAAGUCGGCGGAGGCGAAGCACCAUUACCACACGAACCAGAAGGCGGAGCUGGACUUGCAUGAUUACGAGGCGGAGUACGCCUUGUACAGGGACCUGGUGGAGCAGCCGCAGGUAAUACCCUUCCUCAAGGACUUUGGAUUCAAGGUUCCUCCAGUAGUAUUCUACCAUUGAACUGAUUGCUCGGAUCGAAUAAGUUGCAAUUCACCAUUUUGUGAUAGAAAAAUCUUGCAAAAAGAAGGAAACAAAAAAAAAGAAAAAAAAAGAAUUGUUAGUCAGAUUGUUUGGUAGAUUUUCGAUAGAUUGUUCGUGAGUCGAAGAUGUAGUUUGAGUUGCCAUGUCUAAUUUUCGAUGUUGUUUGUGCAAAUAAUUAUGUUGAUAAGGGUUUUGAGAUUUACUUCAUGUCGAUUCUUUUGUAAAAAAAAAAAGGAAACUUUGUCCCAUAUGAUAGUUCUCCAUUAGUUGAU